AUGGAUGUAACGGGGGCUAUCAAUGGCCUAAUUGAAGAGGCAAAGGUGCGAAUUGUCUGGUGGGGCCUUUGCAUAUUCGCCGUUUCGUUUUUCUUAACUCAUACGAGUGAAUCAAUGUGGAUGAAUUUGCCAGUGUCAGUUCUCUUGUUUUCUGCACUGCACAUCCUUUUUGACAACGUGGAGUUCCGUUGGAAGGUUCAGCGACCUAGAUCACUGACCUAUUUAUCUCAUUUGGAGAAGAAACAGUUAUCUCUGAAUGAUGCACGCCUCUCUACUAAACUUCCACCGCCAAAGUGGAAGAGUGAAAUUGGUUCUCCUGUUGUGGAGGCUGCAUUAGGUGAUUUUGUUGAUAAGAUAAUACAGGAUUUCAUCAUAGAUUUGGUGUGCACAGAUAUUACUCCAGAUAAAGAGUUUCCUGAUCAAAUACAUGCAUUAAUUAUGGAUGCUCUUGGUGACAUAUCAAGAAGGGUUAAAGAAAUAAAUCUCGUCGACUUGCUAACAAGGGACAUAGUUUAUUUGGUCUGUGAUCACAUAGACCUCUUCAGAAAAAAUCAAGCUGCUAUAGGUGUCGAUAUUAUGUUAACAUUAUCUUCUGAAGAGAGGGACGAAAGAUUGAAAUUCCAUCUUUUAAAUUCUAAAGAGCUUCAUCCUGCACUUAUAUCUUCCGAGAGUGAGUACAAGGUUCUUCGGCGGCUAAUGAGUGGUGUGUUAGCAUUGGUACUGAGACGACAAGAAGCUCACUGUCCUGUGAUACGAUCUAUAGCUCAGGAGAUUUUAACUUGCUUGGUAAUGCAACCGAUAUUAAAGUUGGCAUGUCCUGGGUAUAUCAAUGAGCUGAUUGAAGAACUUCUAAAAAUCAUUAAAGAUAUGGAUAUAGCAGGGCUGGGCGGUGAUCAGUAUACAACUUCAGCAACUCAUCAGUGUGGCAAUUCAAUUGCUGAUGUAUUUGGACAUAAUAAUCAUACGAACUCGAACAAGCAUUCGUGUGUAAAUCAAGGUACCGAUGAAACAUUUCAAUGCAACACCUUCCAGCAAGAGCCUUCGCAGGUCAGGCAUGCCGACUGGGCACGAGUGUUGGAGGCUGCUACUCAAAGAAGGACUGAGGUUCUUAUGCCUGAGAAUCUCGAGAACAUGUGGACUAAAGGGAGGGAUUAUAAAAAGAAAGAGACUACAAUUCUCAAAGCAAGUUUUCAGGAUUCUCCUAAAAAUGGUUCUGCUACAGACAGUUCACUGCCUGAUGGACAUUUAGCAAAGGAAGCAUCAGCGAGUAAACGUGGAGAGUAUGCAGUUCCAGAAGGGAAGUCAUUCCUCCAGCGAAUGGAGAGCUUGGAUUCAGAUCCCUUACUAAAUGUUGGGAGCACGAAUGAGGCGGAGACUUCUCAAGAUCCCGGCAAAGAAUCAUCUUUGGAAGGAGAGCAUUGGGUAGAUGAAGUAAAUGAUACUGAGGUCUUUGCGUCUAAUGAAAGUAAAAGCCAACCCAAGAGACCAGACAGUGCUUCUCUCCUGGGAAUCCUAAGUGGUAAAGAAGGAGGACCAAUUAUUUCUGAGUUUCAAGGUCAUGAUUUUGAGAGACAGAAUGAAGGAUUUCGAGGGAAGAGUGCUUCUGACAUAGUUAUUAGGAAAGAGGGUCAACUGGUUCCCAAGCUCCGUUGCCGGGUAAUGGGAGCAUACUUUGAGAAACUCGAUGCUAAAACUUUUGCUGUCUAUUCAAUUGCGGUGACGGAUGCGGAGAACAAUACUUGGUUUGUAAAGAGAAGGAAUUUUGACACACUGCAUCGGAAUCUUAAAGAUAUUCCAAAAUACAGAUUACAUUUGCCUCCCAAGAGGAUAUUUUCCUCAAGCACAGAGGAUUCCUUUGUCCAUGAGCGUUGCAUUCUGCUUGAUAAAUAUCUUCAGGAGCUACUAUCAAUACCUGAUGUCGCUGAACAUCAUGAAAUCUGGGACUUCCUGAGUGUUUCUUCAAAGAAUUACUCUUUGGGGAAAUCUUCAACGAUGAGGACGCUGGCAGUUAAUGUAGAUGGUGCGGUGGAUGAUAUUGUCCGCCAGUUUAAAGGUGUUUCGGAUGGAUUAACGAGAAACUUUGUUGUUCCAUUGUCGUCUCCAUGUCGUGGAGGCUCUUCCACAUCAACAGACAACAAUUUUUGGAAUGCUGAUGAAGUAGAUAAUAUUAAACUAAGGCAGAACGCUGGGGAAACUGUGUUAAGCCCUGAUUAUGAAGAUUUUCAAAAUAGUGGAAAGUUUGACCGUGAGAACAUUGACGGAGAACUGGAGCACACUGGUGGGUGGCAUUCUAACAUCAAAUUGAACACGAACGGUUCCCCUCCACAUCAUGCUGAAGAAUCUGGUAACCGGGAUCUAGAUGGAAAGUAUGAUUUGGAGUCUGAAGCUAGAGUUGGCAAGGAAACCGCAGCUACAAAUUUCACCCUCAUUCCUGACGGUUUGGGGGAAGUGCCACCUGAGUGGAGUCCACCUAAUGUGACUGUCCCUAUUUUGAAUUUGGUUGACAAGGUAUUUCAGCUUAAGAAAAGAGGCUGGCUAAGAAGACAGGUCUUUUGGAUAUCAAAACAGAUAUUACAAUUAGCAAUGGAAGAUGCUGUUGAUGAUUUUCUUCUCAGACAGAUUCAUUGGCUUCGGAGAGAGGAUACUGUUGCCCAAGGAAUUCGGUGGAUUCAAGAUAUCUUGUGGCCCGGUGGUACAUUUUUCUUAAGCUUACAGACUCAGAAGGAAAAAGGUGGCUGUGGAACCGAUCAAAAACCUUUUCAAGCAAUAGGGGACUUUAUUGGAAGCAACAUCUCGAAACCCGGGCCAACAUCUUUCGAGCAACAGCUUGAGGCUGUUCGCAGAGCGAGUGAUAUAAAAAAACUUCUCAUCGAUGGAGCUCCAACAGCCUUAGUCAGCUUAAUCGGGCAAAAGCAAUACAGGCGUUGUGCUAGAGACAUAUAUUAUUUCAGCCAGUCAACUAUAUGUGUGAAGCAACUUUCCUUUGCGAUCCUCGAACUUGUGCUUAUAUCCGUCUUCCCUGAGAUGAAGAACCUGAUCAUGAAUGUUCAUGCACAUAUGCGGGUACAUCAACCUGUAUAGAGUUCCUUUUUGGUAUUUGAUUGACAUUCAGGUGAAGUAAUAAAUCUUCCUCCCGAAGUUUGGCAUUUAUGUACGAGAAUCAGCCUAUUUUAGCAUAUCUAAAACAGUUCAUACUACUCAGUGUAAGACUAAACAUCUUAUAAUGCAUUGGUCUUUGUCAGUAUCACAGUCUGGGGCAUUUUCCCCUUUUAGGCUACAAAGGGAAGUAGCUUUUAUGUAACGUACACGAAUUUGAUACAGAGCUUGUGCAGAAACAAUUGUUUGGUAGUAUUUUCUGCUUCUUGGGCAGAAACCAUUGGCUUGUAGAUUUUCUACCCCCGCUUUCUCCGGAGCUACCUGUUCCAUGGGGUUUCGUUUUGUUGUUGAGUGCUCUGGUCCUAUUUAUAAG